AUGUGGAUACUAGCGAUAGCAGCAGGGUUUACGGUCGAGUCGAGGCAUAUUCGUAAAUUUGCUGGCCAAGACAAAAAGCUGUACAAGAAAAUAAAAUCAGAAGAUGACAUAAACUUGCGGCAGCAAAAGGUUGCCAAAACCUCACUUGCCCGAUAUUCGUCCUCUCGAGUCCUUUAUCACUUGAUCGCAUGUCUCAACCAGAUAUUUCCAGACUAUGACUUCAGGCAAAAAGGAGGCAUGUAUCCGAUAAUCGAGUCUGUCGAUACCACUCUAUUCAACGCCGGCCUUACUUCAAAUAUGUAUCAGAUGAAGGAUUUUAGUCAGCAAUUUUGGGGCUGCUUAGAUAAAGUCAUCCACUUUAAGGAUUGUCAGAUUUUCUCCUACAUUCCAGACGUCGAUUCAGAUCCCUUUGGAGAAGAACAUAGGCGAUGCAUGUAUGUCAAUUAUUCAUUCUUCCCUAUAGAUGGUCCAUCAAUUACUUUUUUCUAA